AUGGCUGAUACCGCAUUCCGUGCCCGGUCUUUGUACCGCAACCUCCUGCGAUUCAGUAACCGUUUCGCGGCAUACAACUUUCGCGAAUAUGCCAAGCGCCGUACGAGAGAUGCAUUCCUGGCGAACCGCGGAGAGACAGAUCCGGGCAGGAUAAAUGAGAUGCUGCAGAAAGGAUUGAAGGAGCUGCAGGUUGUCAAGAGACAGACGGUUGUUAGUCAGUUCUUUCAGAUGGAUAGACUGGUCGUGGAAGGACAGACUUCGGGAAGGCAAACUGGUGGAAGAGGCGACAUUGUCAGACAAAAGGAUACUGGUUGGAACUAG